CCCGAUGGAAAUGGCCGAGCUUCUCAAAGUGUGCUGGCUGGAUGUGCAUGGUAGGUUCGACGUGUCGAACUUCUCCCUGGGGACAACAUGCGAGGUAGCCUUCGUGAUCUUGAUGAGAUCAUCGGGCGAUGGGUGGCAAAUUCCAGUGAACAUCCGGUUGACAUUGCCGGACGGGACCAAGCAAGAGCACAAGGAGAAUCUUAUGGAGAAGCCGAGGGGGGAUUGGAUAGAGAUCAUAGUAGGAGAACUGAGCACAACAAAGCAUAAGGAGGGAGAGAUGGAGGUGUCCAUGUUUGAGCAUGGUGGGCAUUGGAAGAGUGGGCUUGUCGUCAAAGGAGUUCUCAUUAGACCCAAGAAUAGGACUGUGAAACACUGGGUGGAAAAGGAAUCGAACAAGGAUUCCUUCAUGAUAUAUGCGCGAGGCCUCUCCAUCACAUGGGCUGAGAACAACUCUUACUGGCAAUGGUUGACCCAAAAGGAUGCACCCAGCGAUGACGCCUCGGUGGAAAUGGCUGAGCUCCUCAAAGUGUGUUGGCUAGAUGUGCAUGGUAGGUUUGACUUGUCGAAGCUGUCCAUGGGGACGACAUACGAGGUAGCCUUCGUGAUCUUGAUGAGAUCAUCGGCCGAUGGGUGGCAAAUUCCGGUGAACAUCCGGUUGACAUUGCCGGACGGGACCAAGCAAGAGCACACGGAGAAUCUUAUGGAGAAGCCGAGGAGGGAUUGGAUAGAGAUCAAAGUAGGAGAACUGAGCACAACAAAGCAUAAGGAGGGAGAGAUGGAGGUGUCCAUGUUUGAGCAUGGUGAGCAUUGGAAGAGCGGGCUUGUCGUCAAAGGAGUUCUCAUUAGACCCAAGAAUAGGACCAUGAAACAUUGGGUGGAAAAUGAAUCGAAGAAGAAUUGCUUCAUGAUAUAUGCACAAGGCGUCUCCAUCACAUGGGCUGAGAACAACUCUUACUGGCAAUGGUUGACUGAAAAGGAUGCACCUAGCGAUGACGCCCCGGUGGAAAUGGCUGAGCUCCUCAACGUGUGCUGGCUGGAUGUGCAUGGUAGGUUCGACGUGUCGAAGCUGUCCCUGGGGACGACAUACGAGGUAGCCUUCGUGAUCUUGAUGAGAUCAUCGGGUGAUGGGUGGCAAAUUCCGGUGAACAUCCAAUUGACAUUGCCGGACGGGACCAAGCAAGAGCACACGGAGAAUCUUAUGGAGAAGCCGAGGAGGGAUUGGAUAGAGAUCAAAGCAGGAGAACUGAGCACAACAAAGCAUAAGGAGGGAGAGAUGGAGGUGUCCAUGUUUGAGCAUGGUGGGCAUUGGAAGAGCGGGCUUGUCGUCAAAGGAGUUCUCAUUAGACCCAAGAAUAGGACCGUGAAACACUGGGUGGAAAAUGAAUCGAAGAAGAAUUGCUUCAUGAUAUAUGCACGAGGCGUCUCCAUCACAUGGGCUGAGAACAACUCUUACUGGCAAUGGUUGACUGAAAAGGAUGCACCUAGCGAUGACGCCCCGGUGGAAAUGGCUGAGCUCCUCAACGUGUGCUGGCUGGAUGUGCAUGGUAUGUUCGACGUGUCGAAGCUGUCCCCGGGGACGACAUACGAGGUGGCCCUCGUGAUCUUGAUGAGAUCAUCAGGUGAUGGGUGGCAAAUUCCAGUGAACAUCCGAUUGACAUUGCCGGACGGGACCAAGCAAGAGCACACGGAGAAUCUUAUGGAGAAGCCGAGGGGGGAUUGGAUAGAGAUCAAAGUAGGAGAAUUGAGCACAACAAAGCAUAAGGAGGGAAAGAUGGAGGUGUCCAUGUUUGAGCACGGUGGGCAUUGGAAGAGCGGGCUUGUUGUCAAAGGAGUUCUCAUUAGACCCAAGAAUAGGACCGUGAAACACUGGGUGGAAAAGGAAUCGAAGAAGAAUUGCUUCAUGAUAUAUGCACGAGGCGUCUCCAUCACAUGGGCUGAGAACAACUCUUACUGGCAAUGGUUGACUGAAAAGGAUGCACCUAGCGACGACGCCCCGGUGGAAAUGGCCGAGCUCCUCAACGUGUGCUGGCUGGAUGUGCAUGGUAGGUUCGACGUGUCGAAGCUGUCCCCGGGGACGACAUACGAGGUAGCCUUCGUGAUCUUGAUGAGAUCAUCGGGCGAUGGGUGGCAAAUUCCGGUGAACAUGCAGUUGACAUUGCCGGACGGGACCAAGCAAGAGCACAAGGAGAAUCUUAUGGAGAAGCCGAGGGGGGAUUGGAUAGAGAUCAAAGCAGGAGAACUGAGUACAUCAAAGCAUAAGGAGGGAGAGAUGGAGGUGUCCAUGUUUGAGCAUGGUGGGCUUUGGAAAAGGGGGCUUGUCAUCAAAGGAGUUCUCAUUAGACCCAAGAAUUAAUUAAAAUAAUCAAUCAACUUAUAAGAUUAUGUGGAAGUGCUUUUUCUGGUAUAUAUUUCUUAUUCAUUUCAUUAAUAAUAAGAUGUCUCUUUGGGUUAAAUGUUAAUAAGAAUAAAUUUCUUAUUCA